UUCAAGCCUCCGCCAUCAUCUCCUCAGUUGUCUGAAUUUUGGCAUCGGUCAAGGAUUGUCCGAAUCAGGGCUUUCUUCAAGUCUUCAUAUUGCUCCUUUGUCAGUUUCAUCAGAAGAACGUCUUAUGAUAGUCUUAUCAGUAGAAAAUUGCAGUGGGAAGAUUGUUCAUGGAAAGGUCUGCUCAAAUAUGAUGUGACAAUCUGUGAAAGAAAGAUCAUUGGGGAUGAAAAUGACUUGCUUAAUCAGUUGAAUGAUAAAUGUAACUCAAGCUUCCCUGCUGAGUUUGAGAAAAAUACCCUCCAGACAUUAGGACCUGGGAACCCAACUCCUAUGAAAAUUCUCAGGGAGAAUCUUCUAUUUUGCAUUGCAAGUGGAGAAAAGGAGAGUUGUCAAAGUCAACUUAUUCCUUCGGCUGCAAUUCCUAUGCAUGGAUUCUUGAUUCUGGUUAAUGCGAGUAUAUGA